AUGAUUCCAGAAUAUAUAAGCGUUUCACAGACGGAUCUGGGUUUCCUGCCCUUGCGAGCACGCAGAGGUGGUGUCAGGUGUGGGGCGGAAGGCCUUGACCGAAAACAGGAGACUCUGGCAUCGCAAAACACAAAAAUGAUUUCAUCCCUAGUCAUUUCACAGCUGAUUGAUGAGAAUAAAUCAAAGGCAAACCGGGCCGCGCUGCCCGCGCCCUGCGCGCCGGCUCUGCACGCGCACCCGGCCAGGCCAUCGAGGGUGAACCGCAGCGGGGUCUCCAUCAGCCGGGCGUUCGCCCUCCUUCCCGGGGGCAGGCUGGGCACUCAGACGCCGGCGGAGGCAGGACCUGACACGGAGCUGCGACCCAACGAGGAUAAGCCGUGCAGCGGCUCCCAAAGGGGCUUUGCGUCCAUCACCAUCACGGCCAGGCGCGUGGGCCCCCCAGCCAGCACCCUGGCGUGGGAGGCCGUGGGGGACCCGCGGUGCACCGAGUGCCGGGCCCAGGGCGCUCUGCUGCGGGACCCCUUUGCCCCGGUUGGGGCUGCCGAUCCCCGUCGGCACCAGGGACCGUUCCCCUGCGCGGAGUUCUCCAGAAACUGCUCUGUGGUGAGGGUGAAGGCGCGCGACGCGGACCCCCCGCUGUGCGAGGGUCGACAGUACUGGAUCACCGAUGUGGACAACCGAGAGAACAGUUUUCCUCCAGGCGCCCCGCGGUCGGGAAAGGCGCCGCUGGUGUUCAGCUCCUGCGUCCAUGUCAGGGUGUCUCAGCAGUGCCCGAAUUCCAUUUACUAUCUAGACCGGUCCCUCUCCGUCCCCAUUGAGCAACCUCCGCUUGCUGGCCCUAAAAUGCACAGGUCGGUCCUGUCCCUGAGCCUAAACUGCAGUUCGCACGGGUUGACACCAGAUGGAGCAGACGGCACAGCUAAGGAAGGGCCAAUAUGCCGUGCCUUGAAGCAGGAGCUUGCGAAGGGAAACCGGAACCUCCUAGGCCCCCGCUGGAACCCAGGUUUGCAAGGAAGCUUCUUGAAGGAAAACCCGUCCUUGGAGCAGGUGCAUUUGGGGUCCCGCACCUGUCCUUGGAGGGGCUCCCGUCUGUUGGAAAAUGAAGCAUUCUCGGGUGUGGGAGUUCACCAGGUGACUGUAAGAAAAGGGCAAGAGGACGACACGACUGGGCACAUGGCUCGCUGUACCAACCAACUGUCCAUUCACAUCCCUGGCUGGAGUUACACAGCAGUAGAAGCAAAGGUAUUUUCUGGAAGCAGCAAGAAGCAACAAGGAGAAACACGUGUGACUUUGUCUGCUCCCUCAGUGGAACAGGAGCUGGUUAAAGAGUUCCUUCCCAAUGGGUGUAGCUCUCCAAGCAACAGCUGUCAGCCUAGCAACUUCUCUGAGCCCUCAGAGAGUCAACAGCAAAGCUUCCUGAAAUCCGGAAUCACUUUAUCUGGGUUUCUUUGCCCCUUACAAGAUUUAUGCACAUCUCUGCAGGAAGACAGUGAAGUUCAGAUAGAAAGAGAGUUUCCCAAAGGGGAUUACAAGUGCUGUGACUUGGUUGUAAAAAUAAAGGAAUGCAGGAAGAGUGAGGAGGCCGAGCCAGCGAACCCCGAGCCAGUGCCCCCGGAGCCAGUGCCCCCGGAGCCAGCGCCCCCCGAGCCACCAGAGACCCCUGACCUGUCCGAAGACUGUUCUGAGGGUCAACGAACACCUGUAGGCUCCUUGACGUUGCAGGAAGCGCUGGAAGUCCAUAAACCCCAGUUCAUUUCUCGCUCCCAAGAGCGGCUAAAGAAGCUAGAACACAUGGUACAGCAGAGAAAAGCCCAACGGAAGGAGAACCUGGGCCAGAAGCAGAGCGUCUUCCCUGUCCGCGCCAACAAGAAGCAGUUCACGGUUCCCCACCCGCUUAGUGAUAACUUGUUCAAACCCAAAGAAAGAUACAUUUCAGAGAAGGAGAUGCACAUGCGAUCUAAAAGGAUCUAUAAUAACUUGCCGGAAGUGAAAAAGAAAAAAGAAGAACAAAAGAAAAGAGUGAUCUUACAGAGUAACAGACUCCGUGCUGAAGUCUUCAAAAAGCAAUUACUGGACCAGCUCCUUCAAAGGAACGCGGUGUAACCGUAGGCCGCGCUGCUGACCCGCUCCCCGGACCUGGGAUGACUUCAAACGCUGGAUCCACCAUUAAACUUAGCAUUAUCUUCAUGAUAUGAAACACUUACUUUGCUUUUUUUUUUUUUUCCAUAAUACAUAGCUUCCUGAAUUCCUUGCCCAAACCACACAGAAACAGUAACCCUUGAGAAAACAGGCCCGCAGACCGUGGAGGGGUGACCAACACGAUGUAAACCACCAGAUACAGUCCCCUCAGUUUUCUGCUUUGGAAUUUACCUUUUGCUUCUGAUUCCCCCCACCAUUGCCAUUGAGGCAGAAAAGGGCCUUAUACAUCCACAUGGGCCUGGAUCCCAGGGGGUUAUUUUUGUUCAUCAAAGUUUUGGGACCCACAUCUAUCACUUUUUAAGUAUAAAUCCCAACUUUUGCCAACAAUCCAGACUUUGGGUCAGCACCCGGUAUGUUUAAAUACUCUCUGGAUGUGUGGGCCACGCCAUGCUGGAAGCCGACCUCGGAAGGAAGCAGGGAUGAGGGAGUGCGCGGUCUGGGUGUCUGCAAGCGGGGUGGGCAGAGCCGUCCUCACGACCCCAUCCCACUCUGAGUGCUUCUUCUCAUUUAGACAAAGAGUCUAUUUCCACAAAAGCUAUGAGAGCAGAAUUGGUGGGAAAAAAAUUAUAGGUAACUUCAGUGUUUUCUGCCAAGCCCCCUCCUCCCAAAACCAAAGCUAUAUUGCUAGAAAUGACCUGGUGGCUCCCGCUCUGCCAUUUGCUCUUCCAACGCUGAUGCUAUUCAUUGUUUAUCAGUGUGUGUUUGGGGAGUUAAGAACUAACUAGUUUUUAUCAAAAAUGGAAAUAAAUGAAAUUAUUACAAAAA